UUGAUGACUUGUCGUUGGUGGCAAACUGCUGCUACUCUCAAGCUGUUUGUUGGUCGACAGCGACACUUUAUUAUUAGCUCGCUUGGCUUUAACUCGAAAGCAGAAGUGGCCCUUCAGCAGCGGACAGCACACCAGAGCGACGAGUUUGAACGCCGAGAAAAGAACUCAAAGAAUCAAGAGGGAUUUUUUUACUCCCCCACCCUCCAAAUGUAGCUUGUUAGCUUGCUAGCUACCAGCUAGCUAACGCUGCGCCUCCUUCUUUUUCUGUUUGUUUUUUUGUGCAUGCUCGAUCACCAGCAGUUUGUAGCCCUAACCAGGGCCCUAAGGCGGUGCUCGAAAGGGUGUCAGGAUUGAAGGCUGUCAACCGGGCCAACCGCCCCCCUCCCCCCUACCCUGUCCCCCCCGGUCACCGAGUAGAAUUAAUGGCCGGAAAUCCGAGGAGGGGCGCGGGUCUCAUCGGCUUGAUGAAGGACGCCUUUCAGCCCCACCAGCAGCCUCUGCAGCCCCCGCAGCCCGCUGUGGUCGACAAGAAAAUGGUGGAGAAAUGCUGGAAACUCAUGGAUAAGGUGGUGCGUUUGUGCCAGAACCCCAAGGUGGCGCUCAAGAACAGCCCGCCCUACAUCUUGGACCUGCUGCCGGACACCUACCAGCACCUGCGCACCGUCCUGUCACGGUACGAGAGCCGCAUGGAGAUCCUGGGAGAGAAUGAGUACUUCCGUGUGGUCAUGGAGAACCUGACCAACAAGACCAAGCAGACCAUGAGCCUGUUCAAGGAGGCCAAGGAGAGGAUGUAUGAGGAGAACUCCCAGCCCAGGCGAAACCUCACCAAGCUGUCGCUUAUCUUCAGCCACAUGCUGGCCGAACUCAAAGCCAUCUUCCCCAACGGCCUCUUCCAGGGCGACAACUUCAGGAUCACCAAAGCGGAUGCCGCCGAGUUCUGGAGGAGGUCCUUUGGGGACAAGACCAUCGUGCCGUGGAGGACAUUCCGCCAGGCCCUGCACGAGUUCCACCCCAUCAGCUCGGGCCUGGAGGCCAUGGCCCUCAAGUCCACCAUCGACCUCACCUGCAACGACUACAUCUCUGUUUUUGAAUUUGACAUCUUCACCAGGCUCUUCCAGCCAUGGUCGUCGCUGUUAAGGAACUGGAACAGUCUAGCCGUCACACAUCCAGGCUACAUGGCCUUCCUCACCUACGAUGAGGUCAAGGCUCGUCUCCACAGGUUCAUCCACAAGCCUGGCAGCUACAUCUUCAGGCUGAGCUGCACCCGCCUGGGCCAGUGGGCCAUCGGCUACGUGACGGCCGACGGCAACAUCCUGCAGACCAUCCCCCAUAACAAACCUCUCUUCCAGGCACUCAUUGACGGCUACAGGGAGGGAUUCUAUCUGUUCCCAGAUGGUCGUGCACAGAACCCAGACCUAACAGGCUUGUGUGAACCUUCUCCACAAGACCACAUCAAAGUUACCCAGGAGCAGUACGAGUUGUACUGCGAGAUGGGCUCCACCUUCCAGCUGUGCAAGAUCUGCGCAGAGAACGACAAGAACGUGAAGAUCGAACCGUGCAGGCAUCUCAUGUGCACCUCUUGUCUGACCGCCUGGCAGGAGUCGGAGGGUCAGGGCUGCCCGUUCUGCCGCUGUGAGAUCAAGGGCACCGAGCUCAUCGUGGUGGACCCCUUCCACCCCAAAGCCGGCGGUGGGGCUUUCGCUGGCUUCCAGGGGCCCAGCAGGGCCGAGGCGGCCGCCAACGAUGAGGAUGACGAUGAACGGCUGGAGGACCACAACCUUGUCAUGAGCAGGCUGGCCUGCAGCAAGGUUGAGCGUCCUCCAUCUCCAGUGUCCCAGCUACCUCCGGUUCCGCCCCGACUGGACCUCCUUCAGCAGAGACCCUCCAGCUCCCACAGCCAGCUGGGCCAAGGAGCCACAGCAAAGAUGGGGGCCACACACAGGGACAAGCCCCUCCCACUGCCCCCGGCACUGAGAGAGCUGCCGCCCCCACCACCUCCUGAGCGACCCUCCCCCCUGGCGGGUCAGGACUCCAGACUCCAGAGAAGACCCCUGCCCUCUACCCCGGAUACGCCUGCCUGGGCCUCCAAUUACAUGGUGCCCCGGUCCGUCUGCAAGGUACCCUCUGCGUUGUGUCAAAGCGGCUGCACCAGCGUGGAGGGAAGCAAAGCCCAGGCAGCAACCAACGCCGUCUACUGCCUGGCCGCCAGGUCGCUGCCGACGUCUGCCGUGUCCAGCAGGGAGAAGCUGUCCGCCGACUGCGAGGAAAACGAGUACAUGAGUCCCACCUCUCUCCCGGCAUCUGGCACCCCGUGGAUCAUAACGGGAUCCUUGGUGCCCCCGCCCCCACCACCAUCAUUGAGUCAAGCAAGCCAUCUUAAUGACACCAGUGGUGACAGGCUCGAUGUGGACUCUGGGGACCCUCAGGUGUACGAGUCCAUGUGCAACAUCCAGGCUCAGGCUGGGUCCUCUGAGGCAGCCGAUCAUGAGCGUCCUCAGCACUCCUCCAUGGCCGCCCAGGCCAAGUCCCUCAACACCUCCUUCGAGGACGUCUACGAGUACGACUGCCCACGACCGGUGGCCCCUCCGGCUCCCGCCAGACGAGCCCUGUCGGACAUGAACGGCCCCUCCAAAGCCUUCAGCUCACUCAGCAUCGACGGCGCUGUGGAAGCCAGUUUGUUUGCCUCCGACCCGGAGCGACCACCCAAGCCCCUUCCGCGGCGGGCCAACUCGGACCGGCGAGCGCGGCCCCUAAACCGUGAGCUCCCUGCCCCCUUCCCGGACCAGCCCCGCCCCUCCUCCUCCCACACACCACCACCCGCCCCUUCCGCGAGCAGCGGUGGUGUGGCGCUGAGCGGCGAGAUCGAGUGCCUGAUGUCCCAGGGUUACUCCAUCCAGGACAUCCAGAAGGCUCUGAUGAUCGCGCAGAACAACCUGGAGACGGCCAAGAACAUCCUGAGGGAGUUUGUGUCCGUGCCCUCCGCCGCACACAUUGCCACAUAGUCAUCCGCGUUCCAAUCCCUCCCGCUGUCCUCUUCGUGCCAUUAUCGCCCAGGAUGCAGUCGACGCUUUCCUGCUUUGUCCGAUCAUCUUGUGCCAGAGUGACUUGAACACAGCAUGUGAGGAAACGGAAGCCUUCUGAUGUUUCUUUUACGCAAAGGAGGGACCACAAAGAUUGUCAUCUUUGACUCAACAUGACAUCACCGCCGCCGCUAGCUGCUUGUGUCGUAUGGUGAUGUGGCCGCACGGGUCCCGAAUGAGCGUUACGCGUUUUUGCUAAUAACAAUAAAGCGCUCAAUUACAUCACAGCAUCGCCACGCUUUCAUGUCGUACCAACAGCGUUCUAUGUAGGGAUGGGCAUUGGCACCAAUUAGCUUGUUCUAUAAACUGAAAAAGUAGACUUUCUGUGGUUGCUAACAAAAUUUGAUUGAGAGAUUUACUCGAAAUUCUUUUACUAUAUCAAUUAAACAGUAAAACUUUGGACUUUUUUGUUGAUAAAAUGCACAUUUCAAGUGUUUAAAAUAAAGGUCAACCCUGCUGAUUCUUGUUGAGGAAAGCAAAACGUGCGGAAGUGAAGGCAAUGCGGACGUACUGAAAUACUGACUUUGCCAACCCGGGGACCUUCGCUCUAAUCACCCCCACCCGUCUUGCAGCUCACGCUCUUCUGACAUUUAAGCCCCACACUUUACUAUAUUUUCAGGUUUUUUUCCGCAGCCCGUUCAGACAGCAACACUUUUUGCAGCAAGAAUGUUGAUGUUUUGAAGCAACACAGGCAUAAAAGAUGUCAAUUAAUUAUCCAAGUAUUGUGCCGCCGAGACGGCCAGAAGCUGAAACGGGGAGAACUUCAUGAUCAAAUAAGUGUCCAUCCCUUGCGUCUCUCUAACGUGCGUCUCGCUACUUGUAACAGUUGACGACAAAAAAUGCUAACAAACUUCAAAAGACUUUCGAGAUUUCCGCUGGCGUUUGUUAGAAAGCUCUUUUUACGUUAAACGCUCGACUGAAAAGAUGCCAAAAGGGAAGCGUUGAACACAUUCCAGUCGUUCAGACCUCUCGCAACACGACAGCCAUAGCCGGCAUAUUGAGGGGAGACGUCUCACUUCUGCAUUAAAAAAAAAAUAAUAAUAAAAAAUAAAAAGAACACUGGCAUCUGCUUCAAGCAGAGGUCAGUAGAAAAGACAUCAAUGUGCCUUUUUGGCAGGUGAACGCGGCUGGCAGAUGCAUUAACAUGAAAGAGAUUAACACAGUCAAUGACUUUAAUGCUAAUACUAAAGAAUUGUUCUUUGUGAUUGCCUCUUAACACGACAUAGUAGCACAGUGCAGUCACUAAGGCUAGUAAAUGUCUCCUUUUUAUGCCUUGAGGACUCAAGGGUCCUACCUUUUUAAAUCCCGGAACGCCGUGAGAGGGAUUUUGCAUGUUUGGUGAUGAUGAUGCACUGCAGUCUAAAAGACGUACCUCCCCCUUCUGUCCUCUACCCGCUCUCAAAACCUGCAGUAAAUGUUCUGAAAAGGCAAAACUUAAAAAUGUCAAUUUUUCUGCAGCGUUAACGAUGAACUCUGUGUGCGUGUGUGUGUGUUAGUCGCACUGCAAAUUUAUGUGCUUAAAAAACAUGUUUUAACUCGCCUUUUUUUUUCUCAACACCAACUCGCCUACUAAAAAUGUAUUUUUGUCUCAGCUUUUCGUCUGCUUGUAAAUAUGAUUUAUUUAUUGUAUUUUUAAUAUCCUCAGCGUUCGUUCGUUGUAUUGCCAUGUUUUCAUGCCCAAGCCAUUAAGAUUUUUAAUUAAACUGUAUUUUCUUUAAAUUGUUGCUGUUGUG